GUGGGAACUGCACGGAGUGGAAAGAGGAGGAGAGAGGAAGUUCUCCCAAACUUUUUUUUUUUUUUUUUUUCCUCCCUGAAAAGUCUCUGGAGACGUUCCGUUAGAUUUCCAGAGGAGGGGGGUUUGAUCAGGAAAAAACGUAUAACUCUGUGUGUGAAGACAAAAGCGGACUACGAAGUCAGAAGUGUAUCCCUCUUUUUUUUAUUUUUCUCUCUUUACUUGAAAGCCGUGAAAAGUGGAAACGCGUGUUUUUUUUCUUCCUCUUCUUUUUCUUCCUUUUUUUUUCCGUUUUGUUUGUUUCUUCCCAGCCUGACGGGACUUAGCACCAUCAGAGGCGAUGAGAUGUGAGUGAGCUAUGCCUUGUGGAAAUGGACAGACUUUAUCCAAGCGAGAACAUGGCGUCUGCGUCCCGAGGCUUAGCUUCUUUCCCGGUCUGCUUGUGGCGCUGUGCUGCCUGGAGGUGUGGGGCUCCGGGCCGCACGGCGGCGGCGGCUGCAGCCCCUGUCCCGUUAACUGCAGCUGUGCGCCAGCGGGGCCCCAGCGGCUCUGCGUCGUUAAUUGCUCCAGCCUCGGACUGGAAAGAGCCCCAGCGGCUGCUGAGUUUCCGCCGACCGUCAACACGCUAGAUCUGUCCAAGAACCACAUCUCCUCCCUCGAUACCAGCCUGCUGGAUCGGCUCACGGGCCUCCGAGAGCUAGAUUUGAGCAACAAUCAAAUUACCACCAUCGACGGAAGGAUAUGUGACAACUUAUGUAACCUAACACAAAUCGAUCUAAGCAAUAAUCCCUUUGAAUGUGACUGUGAGCUGUUCCGGUUGGUGAAGUGCCUCAAGGAGAAAAGAGUCCAAGUCCGACGCCUUCAUGCUAUGCUGUGCAAAGACCCGCCUGCGCUCCACCGACAGCCUUUGCUCAACAUUAGCCUGCAAACCUGUGGCCUCAGCUACGCCGCGUGUCUGGAGGACAGCAGCAGCCGAGGAGGAGGCCGAAGUGAGCUGGUGAUCUUCACUUACUCCAAGCCCGGGAACUACACGCGCGAGCAGUGUAACAGCGUGUGCUUCGGUUUGUCGCACCUCUACGGAGGCCUGGGGGAAAGGCACGAGUGUCUGUGCAGCACGAACAACGAGCCCAACUUCAUCAGCGGAUCCCACUGCUCGGCCGCCUGCACCAACCGCCACGUGAUGACGGAAUGUCGGUGGACUCUGGCCCGCGAUGUGUUUGCGGUGGAGUUCUCCGUCUCGCUCGGGGCUCUCCCACUGCAGAGCGUGCACGACCUCGUCGUUUUCUCCGCCGCCUCCUCCGUCACGCCCGUCACCCUUUCCUGGGACUUUGGCGAUCUCUCGCCUCGUCUCAGCCCCACGGAAAAGGGUGUCACCACUGCAGCUCACAAGUUUGCAAUUCCAGGACAUUACAAAGUCAGUCUGAAGGCCUGGGCUGGACACAAGGAGGUGUCUGCGCAGACAGACGUGACUGUGGCUCUUCCUCCCAAACUCGAGCUGCACUGCCCGUCGUUCGUCGUGGCCAACAAGAGCGUGGACGUCACACUGGUCAGCUGGGGCGGCGUCGGCCUAAAUGUGAACUGGACAAUCUCACAGAACGAUGUCCAGGUUGCCAAAGCCUUCCCGGACUGUCCUCCGAGGGAAGGGGUGUUGCACAGCAAGUCCUCCAGCUGCUUCCAGAUCUUUCCAGCGGAGCUGAGCUGGAAAGACGCUCGACAGCAGUGUUUGAGUCGCAACGGGGAUCUGGCUGUGGUUAGGAGUGAUGAGCUGCGCAACCUGCUGGCACGCAAAGUCACACAGUGAGUGAACUGGGACAUUGGUGUUUUUCUCGUUGUGACGACAUGACAUUAAGCCAGUGCCGUGAUUUCCAUCGGUAAGUUCAAGCUGAAGAAAGGCAAAUACAACCAGGACGUGUUGGAAGCUUUCAAGUGAAGAUCUCAUUUCCUGUCAGCUCUCUCACAAGGUUUGGAGCUUUAAGUGCAACGGAUGU